AGCACCAUAACAUUGCGCUCAGCGGAUCGGCUCUCACCUGGCUUCUCUGUGACUGUCUCGCUUGGAGUUCACUUGUUUUUCGGAUGAGAGCUGAAGGAGAGAUGGCUUCUCGGGUGACUUUUAGCGACUUGGGGUGCAGUUCUUCCGAGGAGGACAGUAACCGUGCGGACUUAGCAGAGGGGACCGCGGAGGAGAAGACAUCUCCGGUGGUGCGUCGGCAUCAUCCGUUCAGCGUGGAGGCGCUCAUGGCCGGGAGGAAGAAGGACGGCCGCUGCGAGUCCACCGGCGGUAAACCGGAGGGAGGUUCGCUGGCGGUGUCUCCUAUUGGUUUAAACUCUCUGUAUUUGUGUCGAGAGACGUGCAACCUUCCCGGGGGAAGCCUAACGGCUGCGCCCUUGUCGCCGGUAAAAUCCGAGGCAUCAGAGUCAGACGACUGCGCACCCUGGGUCACCAGCAGCGCGUUUUCCACACAACCUCAUCAUGUCAGUCCUUCCUGUCCUUUGAGGAAACAUAAGACAAACCGAAAGCCCCGGACUCCCUUCACCACGUCUCAGCUCCUGGCCCUGGAGAGGAAGUUCAGGCAGAAGCAGUACCUGUCCAUCGCCGAGCGGGCCGAGUUCUCCUCCUCCUUGACCCUAACAGAGACCCAGGUGAAGAUCUGGUUCCAGAAUCGCCGGGCAAAAGCCAAGAGGCUCCAAGAAGCAGAGCUGGAGAAACUUAAGAUGGCUGCAGACGCCAAGACGGUGGCAGUGACGGCCGCUGCCGCCGGAGGUUUACACCCUGGCUUUACAUUACCACUGUCUCUGGGCGCCAUGUCACUGUACGGACAAUCGUACUCUGCCUAUCACCACCACCACAGACCCGUACUACCCAUCUCACCUUUAGGACUGUACGCUGCUCCUUUGGGCUACAGCAUGUACCACUUAUCAUAAAAAUGGAAAUAUCAUUGACUUUGGUGAAAUGUGUUUCAAUACCUUUCCAAGGAAUCCCAAAAAUGGACACAGAGGACGUGUGGCAGACAUUUUAAAAACAAUGAUUAUAAUUUACUGCACAAGGGUUGUUUGAAUCAAUUCUGAGCACUUCAUGUCAAAUUAAAAAUCUAUUUUUUCCCACAGCGAGGAUAAAAAAAAAACUACUUAGAUGUCCUCUGGGCCCUUUGGACUGCCUGUUUACAUGACUUGUCUGUACGAGAUGGGGCGUUACUGUCCAGCUGUUUAUACCCUUCUCUUGUUUACUUUUGCAAAUAAUUGAGAUGGGCGAGGACUUGCACUGGGCACAAUAAUGCAAAGUACAACUUUUCACUUAAGCCUUCAGCUUCAUGCGAUACAGUGCCUUGUGUUGGGCCUUAAUAUCAAGACACUUUGUACAUGUGUAUAGAUGAUGAGUGUUUCAGCAACUCAGGCCAAAUAAAACAUAUCACUAAAGCA